AUGUUGACUACAGAUCUCCGACCUACCGACUGGGCUAUGAAAUUGAGGCGAUUCACACCCCAUUCAUUCAUUCAGCGUUCUGCACUUCCUUGCCUAUGGACGAUUAAUUUGGCACCCCACCUCACUUCGAAGGUCGGCACUACCUCUGUGCUCGUGCAACUUGAACCCUCUCUGAAGUCGAUGCAGCAGACGCGGUCCCAUUCCGCCGGCCUAAAGGCAUUCCUCACAGGCAAAAUGCAGCCGCAGAAAGUUGACGGUCAGUGGCGAGUCAGUAGUCGUGUCAGCUCUCUUCUCUCUCCUCGUGGACUGAAUGCCAGAGUAAGGACAUGUUGCGUUCGAAUAAUAUCCCUAGUGAUAGUUUCUCCAGCCAACCUUAGUCGCAGUUCAUGGGCAUGGCUGGUUCUGUUGAGCGCCUUCUUUUGCACCGCCGUCAUCGAUGGUCUUAUUCUCUCCUUCGGAUUGCAUGUUCUUGAGAUGAUGGAGGCUGAUACAUUCACCCUAGGGGACACCAACACCACCAACAUUUCGUUUUCUCUCUACCUUCUUCCUGGUGCGCUCCUCACUGGAAUGCAUUUGUACGCCAGUAAGUCCUCUCAAGUGACAUUUGGAUAA